GUAUUAGUGCGCAACGUUGGGAUUAUCACAUGAGUCUGUUCUCGCGGCUAUUUCGCACUUGGUACUCUUCGAACCUCAUGGUUUCCUAGCAUAAAAUCAAUAAAAGUCGUCUGAAUCAACUUUUGGAUGCUUAUGCCAGGCGAAAAAAAGGUGGAAAACUGGGUCCAGGGUGGUAAACGUCAAAAAAUUGACGAACUUGACGAUAUUUUGGUGGAUAUUACGGGUUAUUCUUUCUCCCACUUGAGGACCACUUUUGUGUACACUGGGUUCGUUCUAACAUGCGGACUGUUGAGACUAGUUUUUCACUGGUUUCCUCACUGGAUGCUGAUGUGUAUGUAUAAUAAGUGUGCUUUGAUGGAGGCUGAGAAGAUUCUCGUUCAGGAUAUCUAUGGUGUUUACUACAUACAUGAUGUGAUCGUUGACGUUAUUGAAGGAGUGAAUUAUACCAGGAGGUCUUACGUCCGUAAGCCUGUGUCAUUCAUGAAGUCACGAAUGAUGGGCCUUGAGAACGAUGGUAGGAUGAUGUGUUAUUUCAUUCACAAAUGUUUAAAGUACGUAUGGAAUGGCGAGACUCACCGUUUCGAGCUCAUUAGGAGCUGGCAUGAAACUACAUAUGAAGAAAUUCUGGACUCUAAGCCUUUGAAUAACGAAACAGUCCUUAUGAAUCGUGCGUUGUAUGGAAUGAAUGAAAUAAGUAUCAAUCUUACUUCAAUUGUCAGGCUACUACUUGAUGAGUGCUUGAAUCCAUUCUACUGUUUCCAAAUAUUCAGUUGUAUUUUGUGGUAUUCUGAAGAGUACUGGACGUACGCUACUUGUAUUGUUGUUAUUUCAAUUAUGUCACUAUCAUGGCAGGUUUAUGAACUACGUAGAAACGAAAAGACUCUUAAAGAAACUAUGUGUAUAUCCUCUUCUGUAAUCGUUUAUCGAGAGGAAGAUGGGGUUAAAGAAUUCAAAGAAGUGGAUUCCAUUUCAUUAGUUCCCGGUGAUAUAAUUGAAAUUCCACAAAACGGGUGUCUGGUUCAAUGUGAUGCCAUCUUACUAGCAGGAAACUGCAUAGUAAAUGAAAGUACAUUGACCGGUGAAAGUGUUCCAGUUACCAAAAUUCCCUUACCCGAUUCACCAUCAAAGGGUACGUUAUUCGAUAUCAAGGUUCAUGGUCGGCAUAUUUUAUUUGCUGGUACUACUGUUAUUCAAACAAGAAAUUAUGCAGAUGAGCGAGUUCUGGCUGUUGUUGCACGCACUGGCUUUUACACUGUCAAGGGUGAGCUUGUACGGUCAAUUCUGUUUCCGAAACCUCUAAAAUUCAAAUUCACUCAAGAUUCCCUCCGGUUUAUUUUUGCUUUGUCUAUUCUUGCUGUGAUUGGUUUGGGAGUUUCAAUCUACUUAAUGAUCAGAGUUAAUGUUGGUGUUGGUGACAUUAUCCGUCGAGCGUUAGAUUUAGUUACUGUAGUGGUACCACCAGCCUUACCUGUUGUAAUGACAGUAGGAGUUGUUCUGGCUCAACGACGUUUGCUAUCGCAUGGGAUUUUUUGUGUCAAUCCAACUGUGAUCAAUGUUUGUGGAGUAAUCAAUGUAGCUUGUUUUGAUAAAACGGGUACUUUAACAGAAGAUGGUUUGGAUAUGUGGGGUAUCAUUCCUUAUGAAGAUGGUUUAUUUGGAGAUCCGGAAUUAGAACCAUCAGAGUUGGAUAAUGGUCCUCUAAUGGAAUGUUUAGCGACUUGUCACUCAUUGACAUUAAUUGAAGGAGUUCUGUGUGGAGAUCCUCUGGACUUAAAGAUGUUCCAGUCAACUAAAUGGGAACUCAUUGAAGAAGCUGCUGACCACUGUAAAUUUGAAAUGGCUGUCCCUGCUAUCGUACGUCCAUCUAGUAAAACCAGUUUGAUGGAAAAGACUUCUGAAAAAUUCAAUGGUGAUGAUAUUCCAUAUGAAGUGGGUAUUUUACGUCAAUUUCCAUUCAGUUCUUCAUUACAACGUAUGUCUGUGAUUACUCGUGCUCUCAAUCAAAAUCAUUUCAAUAUUUAUACUAAAGGUGCACCUGAAACUAUUGAAUUAUUGUGCAGAUGUGAUACUAUUCCUAGGGAUUUCCAUUCUACUCUGUUGGAAUACACACGUGAAGGUUAUCGAGUUUUAGCAUUAGCUUGGAAACCAUUGAAAGCAACCUAUACAAAAGUUUUACGUGUAUCUAGGGAACGUGUUGAACAAGAUCUACAAUUUCUUGGUUUAUUGAUUAUGGAGAACCGUUUGAAACCGGAAACAACUCAAGUGAUUGAAACUUUAAGAUAUGCCAAUAUUCGACCCGUAAUGGUAACUGGUGAUAAUAUGUUGACUGCAUUGUCAGUAGCUCGAGAUUGCGAGAUGAUCGAUGAACUGGAUCGUAUUAUUCUUGUGUCUGCAAAACCACCACCAUUUCCUCGUCAUGUUCAGUCAUCUAGUCCGAAUGAUUCUGUAACUUGUUUUACCAAAGUUGAUCUACCCAGUGAUCAACCCCACAGUCAUACUUCUUCAAAUCAUGUUAGUUUACCAUUUGUUUCGUUGACACAAUCACAAGGAACAAGAAACAACAAUAGACCACGUACACACUCAAGUUUUAAUGCAGCAAAUUCUUUAUUUGAGGAAAACUUCUUCAAUCAACAAUACGAUUCAUUAGUUGAAUUUCAUUAUGCUGAAGAUUUACACAAACCAGUCACUGAAGUGACAGCUACAACUGAAACAAGAACAACGAGGAAGUCUCAUAGAUCUCAACCUGUUAAUAAUACUUCGACUGAAACUGAUGUUGAUCCGCACAGAUUCUCUGUAAGGAGUAGUAGGAAAUCUCGAAAAUUGAUGCAUCGCUUGUGUGAAGAUGUUCCAUGUGUUUCACGGGGAUGUGAACAGCAUUCCUCACCGUCUUCAAGUUCGCUGACAGAUAUAACUGCGGUGCCCAAUGUUUCAGUGAAUGGUCACCCUCGUGCUUCUUCAUCCGGUCAACGAGAACAUCACCAUUAUGAAAUAGGAAGCAGUGGAUGUUAUUCGAAAGAUGAUUUGCAUUCGGUAUCAAAUCGUCGUUUGAAUCCCACUCAUUCUGUAUCAAUACGGAUGCUCGAUCGACCUGAUUUCCACCUAGCUAUGUCUGGCAAAACGUGGGCGAUCAUACGAGAAUAUUAUCCCUGGCUUAUACCAAAGCUUGUAGUCAAGGGUACUGUGUUUGCUCGUUUUCGUCCGGAACAAAAAGCUCAACUGAUUGAAUCACUUCAAUCAGUUGGUUAUUUUGUUUCAAUGUGUGGUGAUGGCGCUAACGAUUGUGGUGCAUUGAAAGUAGCACAUGCUGGAAUUGCAUUAAGCGAAGCUGAAGCCAGUGUUGCUAGUCCUUUCACAUCGAAGCAACAAAAUAUUAGUUGUGUGCCUACACUUAUUCGUGAAGGUCGUUGCGCGUUGACUACUAGUUUUGGUGCAUUUAAAUUUAUGGUCGGUUAUUCAAUGAUUCAAUUUUUCUCUGUUAUAAUUUUAUAUUAUAUUGGCAGUAAUAUUUCUGACCUGCAAUUUUUAUUCAUCGACCUUUUCCUUAUCACAACUCUGGGUCUCACGUUUGGUUAUACUCCGGCGUAUCCUCGUCUCUCGGUGGAACCUCCUGCGAUGCGACUAGUGUCAACUGUGACCUUGUUAUCAUUGGGUUUGCAGUUACUCACUUGUGGUCUUGUACAAUUUUCAGUCUUUGUGUUUACUCGACUACAACCAUGGUAUUUACCACUGUUUACUUAUCAUGAAGAUUAUGAAUUAAAAAAUUAUGAAAGUACGGCCAUAUUCUCCGUAUCUGUCUAUCAAUAUAUCAUAUUGGCUAUUGUAUUCUCUAAAUCUGCACCAUAUCGUCGGUCAAUUCUUUCUAAUCAUUUAUUCGUUGUCAACCUUAUUGCAUGUAUUGCCGGAUCAUUAUACCUAACAUCUCAUCCAGCCCGUGUGGUUCGCAAAUUAUUCGAAGUAAGAUUUCGGUGGAGGACGAAACACUGUGUUGGUUUUUAUUAAAUAACAAUUUAUUGAACAUUCUACUUUUUAAACUAUAUGCAUUCGCCGCGAGAACUGAAGUAAUGGUCGUGGGUUAGAUCCCUGGAGUGUUUUUGGGUACGCACUUUUGAGAUGUAUUCUACGUGGCUUAAACCGACUGUCCUGUGCUUCCUAGUUUUUAAUGAUACUCUAACCAAAAUCGAUCUAAGACGAAUGCAAUCUAUAAAAGAACUGUGUCGUUUCCCUUCAGUUUAUUUUGUAAUAAUUCUUCAUGGAAUAGUAUUAGGGAAUUUACUAUUUGGAUAUAUUUUGGAAUCGAUCGUUGAUGGCGUUUCAUUUCGACAACGAAUACGUCAUAUUCAACAUGCUUUAUUUCCCAGGUAUGUCUGCCUAGAAUACAUUCCAUUUUGUUCAGUACUGGUUGAUUUCUUCCAUACAUUUAAUGAAAUGCUUUAACUACUGAAAUGCAGAUUAUUUUAUCGGUAAUUAGUAGUAUGAUAUUUAUUAAGUCAACAAUACGACUUGAGGCAAUUGGUCCCGUUUAUCAAUUUCAGUAGAACGCUAAGAAGACAGAGUUCGAAAUAAUAUAGUGCAAAUGCAUCACAUUGUUUCACCCUUAAGCGCCUGUCCUGGAGGCCAAUUUGACGGCGAUUGGUCUCACAACCAUACAAUGUUUUACCUAGUAUUGCUCGUCUAAUUAGCCGAAUGUUCAUAUCAUUCACUUUUCACACUUCAAAGUCGGUAACAGUUGCCAUAUAAUAAGCAUUUUCAGCAAAAUGAUAUGUUCUGUCGACUAGUUGGAUAGUACAAGAAUUGUACCGGUUGUUUAAUUAGUUAAACCUUUUGAAAAUCCUUGUUUGUUAUGUGUGUUAAACAAAUACUUGGGAUUGUUCUUCUCUAAUUGUUAUCCAAUAGACAUGUUUCACGUAAAGACUAUGAACACAUUCGUGAUGAAAUAGAUAGAUUAGCUGGAGUGUGGCCACCAAUUAUACGAUCUGCUAGUGUACAAGCGUUACCAAGAGAGCUGUUCAAUGAAAGUGAUGUUGUUGGACAAACUGUACAAACAUCAAGAAAACGCUAUAAUUCAAGACUUUCAACUGACAGUGAAUCUGAUGAGGAUUGUAUCCCAGUUACUUCUGAGGAGAAGGCUGUCCUGUGUAAUAGUUUACGUGAUAAUAAUAUUAUUCAUCAACAAGUACAAUUACAUUACAAUGCUCAAUCUCCAUUUCAACCGUCUUGUGUUUUUGAUACUAUGCCGAAAAGUGCGAUCGAAAAGUCAUUUAACAAGAAACGGACACGUUCUACUAGCACCCAUAAUCGCCAUUCAUUUAACACUACGAGAAGCCUUGAUAGCAAAGGUAUCAAACGCAAUACUUCUAAGGAAAACAGUCCUAGACAACAAACGCCUGUAGUUCGGACUCCGACUCGACGAGCUGAACGUAUUCGAUCACAGAGUGGACCGAAACCACUUAGUCCUGUCAACCUUCAGUCGGACCCAUUCCAAUCAGCUACCUACCACUGAAAGGAUAAGUUUGUCGGGAGAUCACACGUUGUUAGUCUUUCGAUGUAUAAUAUUUACUGUUAUCAUCAGCAGACGAUUUCAAAUCAAUAACUGUAUUUUCUCCUAAAUCGCUGUGCACAAUAUGAAUUGCUUUUUUCUCCUGUCCCUAAUUCGGAUGGUUCAUUUUCUUUUAACUCUUACGUUAACCUGUGAAAAUCUUCCUGUCAGAUCACGCUUUGUCUCUCUCUGUUAUAUUAGCAAGAAUAGUAACCAGAAACAUAUGUAAUUCAUCCAUCUCAAUUUUCAUUCUUAUUCAUUAUCGCUUUACUGAAUAGAGCAGAACUAUCAGUUUUAGACAGAAAACAAAAGAUCUUUCAUUGUCGAUAAUCUUCUCGUUUACGAAUGUUGUUUUCAUUUUUUUUUCACGACACUUGCGGUCUAUCAGUAAUCCCAUUACUAUAUUAUCCGCUCACUCUAGAGAAAACCAACUGUCUAAUUGAGUAGACCGUACUAUCGCGUAUUUUGUGAUUUAUGACUCGAAUAGGUAAGAAAUAUCUCAAUUCUGUUUAACUCAUGAUUCCUAUGAAUUACCAUUUUGUGUAUUUCGUAAGCAUCAAGUGAACUAAAAGUGGAACAGACUGACUGACGAGAGGGUUCAAGGAAUUCAUAGUUUUCCCCCCUUACUAUGUGAUCUUGCAAAUUAUCUAAUGUGUUUUAUGCCAUUUUAUUUUUUAUUUCCAUGUGUAUGUUACGUUCAGUUGUUAAAAUUUUUUUCUUUCGUCUAUAAAAUCGAAGUGAUAUUUUUCUCUGAGCACGAAUGUGAUGAUACAUUGUUCAUAAUCAUAAACAAUAUUUAAUUUGAUUGUUUUAGU